AUGAAGUCAGCUCUUGCACUCUUCGCUCUUCCGGCAUUCACAUAUGCCCAGCAACUAUGUGGGCAGUUCGAGUCUCAUUCGGCUUUCGGCUUCUACGUCAACAACAACGAGUGGGGCGCUGCUGCCGGCAAGGGAGAGCAGUGCACGUACGUUGACAACAUCAAGAAGGACGGCGUCGCGUGGCACACAGACUGGACCUGGUCUGGCGGGGACUACAACGUCAAGAGCUACCCGUACUCUGGCCGCGAGCUUCCCACCAAGCCUCUUGUUAGCAACAUCACAAGGCUCCCUACCCGGGCGCAAUGGCAAUACAACGGCAACAACGUCCGGGCCAAUGUUGCCUAUGAUCUCUUUACAGCUGCCGACCCCAAUCACAGUGGUAGCAGCGGCGACUACGAGCUCAUGGUGUGGGUUGGAAACCUCGGAAACGUACAUCCGAUCGGCGAGUCGAGAGGCACAGUGACUAUCGACGGCCGCAAAUGGGAGCUUUUCGUCGGAAACAACGGCGCCAUGAAGGUUUUCAGCUUCGUCGCCCCAAGCAAGGUCGAAGAUUUCGAUUCCGAUAUCCUGCCAUUCUUCGACCACAUGACCCAAAAGUACAACUUUCCAGCCAAGAAACAGCAUCUCAUUACAUUCCAAUUCGGAACCGAGCCCUUCACGGGAACAAAUGCCAAGUUCGACGUCUGGUACUGGAACGGAGAGGUCCAUUGA